AUGAAACCUUAUCGCUACUGGCGUGUCAACGCUGAUAAAACUAAUUCACUUUUCGUCAUUCACGUCAGUGGCGGUAGUGAUAUGACGGGACACGCACUGCCUGAAACGCGUUCGGUUUUCCCACAAGAUACUCGUACAGGUGAAGUGGAAACAGGAAGUGAAGCAGUGAGAGAUGAAGCGAACAUGGGCGGGACUGUUAAGGCUAGCACAGAAAUAAACAAUACCACAUAUCCCACAAGUAGUUUGGGUGAAAGUUCGAAUGUAGGUGCAAAGAAGGUCGAUGGACAGGUGGGUGGUGGGGAGGCGCUGGAGGCAGCGUUGUGUCAGCUCGGCCCUUUUGGCUCCUACCAGCGAUACGUGCUGACGCUACUCUGCCUGCCCACCCUGCUUUCUGCCAUGUACUCCUUUAACUACGUGUUUGUUGCUGAGCAGGUGCCUUUUCGGUGUGUGGUGCCGGAGUGUGAAGGCGUUGGGGCAUCAUUUGGAAACACUUCAACAUUGGCACUGCUCAGCCCGGAGCCCUGUCGCCGAUACGCCCCGCUAAGUGACGCCCCCACCUGCUUGCGCGAGGACUUCCAUCUCAAUAACACCAUCAAAUGUGAAGCUUUUAUCUAUGAGAACCAAAACACCAUUUAUGCCGAGUUCGGGCUGGCGUGCCGCGAGUGGCUGCGCACGCUGGUGGGCUCGGUGCGCAACGCUGCACUCCCCCUCGCGUUGCUGCUCACCGGAUACACCUCCGAUAGAUGGGGUCGUCUCACCGCGUUCUGCAUUUUCUCUGCAUGCGCCGGAGUCCUUGGGCUCAUCAAAUCCUUCUCCGUCAAUUACCAGAUGUACAUUGCGCUGGAGUUUCUAGAAGCAGCACUUGGAUACGGAUUUGGAAGUGCAGCUUACGUCAUGGGUGUGUUUAGCCCCUGUACAUUAGAAGUAUCAGUUGAUGAAAGCGUAAAAAGGAUACCACCUUUUUAA